AUGCUCUCUGCCCGUUUAAUUAGGUAAAAACCCAUUUUUGUUUCAGUAUUAUUCCUGUUUCAGUAGUCUACGGAAUGUCAGCAAACUAGCAUCUGUUUCUGGUCCGACCGCGGAUCGGAUUGUGAAUGUCAAAUGGACGGAUGGUUAGUUUGGUUGCAAAUUUUUGGAUUCUCGAUUCUGAAUUCGAUAUUUUCAUAACAAAGAUCCACAUAACAAUUUCCCUCGCUUUCCCGGUUUCAACAUGAAAUCGCUGAUUUAUUCAUCAGCUUUAGGGAUAUGCGGUAGUCGUUCACACAUAUUUUUCGCUUUGCAUUUUUUAGAAAAAAUGUUUCAGGCAAAACCGGCGAAUUCCCGCUCAUCUGGCUGCGGGACACGUCUCCGGAUGCGAAGACCUACACAAUCAGUCCGGCGAUGACGGCCCGCAAUCUGACAAUGAAUGAGUUCGAUGUGGAGCAAAAGUCGCGAAGAGUGUGGAUCGACGAAGGAAGUGACUCACUAAAAGUGGAGUGGGAAAGCGGGUUGUUGAGCACGUUCCCCUCGGAAUGGCUGCAGAUCCGGAACCCUUCAGAUCAAGAAGCACGCAGAAGAAGAAGGAAGGUCUACUUGUUUCCGGAAGAAACCUGGGGGAAGGAGGAAAUUGAGAAGAAGCUGAAAAGAUUCAGCCACGAAGAGUUCCUGAACAACAACCGCGUGAUGCACGACUUCCUGGAAGCAGUGUGCGUUGAUGGAAUCGCCGUUUUGAAAGGAGCUCCAAGAGGAAAAAGAGGAGCUGUGGAAGCGAUCGGGGAGCGGAUAGGAAUGAUCAAAAGGACCCAUUUCGGAACUGUUUUUGAAGUGAGCACCAAGGCGGACGCAUCAAAUAUGGCCUACGCUUCCAACGGUGGACUUCCCUUUCACACCGAUUUCCCAUCGCUUUCGCAUCCGCCUCAGGUGUGCUUCUGACCUGAUUGUAUUUAUAAUCUCUUAUUAUUCCUAUCUAGCUACAAAUGCUUCACAUGCUACAAAGCGCCGAAGAGGGCGGAAACAGUCUGUUUGUUGAUGGAUUCCAUGUGGCUGAGCAGGUUUGAGAGUCGAAAUAGAUCAAAAAUAUCAGAAAAGUAAUUCAGUUGAAAAACAGAGAACCCAGAAGUGUUCCGUCUUCUGACAACGCAUUCCAUGGAAUACAUUGAGGAAGGGUACGAUGUUCAUGAGAUUGACGGAAAGACCAUCCGAUUCGACUACGAUAUGUGCGCUCGACACAAAAUAAUCAGGCUGAGCGACGAGGGGAAAGUGAACAAGAUUCAGUUCGGAAACGCGAUGAGAAGCUGGUUUUAUGACUGUGAGCCUAGCGAAGUGCAGAAUGUGUACAGGUGAGCAGUAAAGAUAAACCUGGAGGCAAAUGUGUGUUUCAGAGCAAUGAAAGUGUUCACCGAUCACUGUUACCAGACUAGAAAUGUUCUGAAGUUCCGAUUGGAAGACGGCGACACCGUACUCUGGGCGAACCAACGUCUUCUGCACACGAGAGACGCGUUCCGGAAUGCUACCGGAAAGGCGCGCACUCUAACCGGUUGCUACUUCGAUUGGGAUAUUGUUAAAUCGCGAGUUCGUCACCUUCGGGACAAGCUCUCGUUGGAACAGAACCAGCCUUCCGCUUGA